UGGUAGAGCUGCACCAUCUCUCUCUAUUUCUAUUUCUAUAUUGGUGAAAGAGAGUGCCAAGCCACGACCCCCCCUCCCCCUUCCAUUUUUAACUCGCCGUUGAACAAAUCAUGAUUCCCAUCGAUUCCCACUUCUUCAAGUCAUUGCGUCAUCAACCUAAAGAAUCACCUUUCCUGAUUCUCUCAAUCCCUUUCAUUCAACUCUAGUACUCUACCCUCCCUCUCUCUCCUCUUCCUGCACUCUCUGCUUCAUAUGCUGUUCUGUAAAGUUGACUUUGGAGCGUGAAGUACAAUGCCUAUGAUGGGUUUGUUUUGCCUACGUAUGAGUGGGGCCCCUCAAGUGUGCAAAGUUGGAAUCUUUCUGAUAUAAUCAAGAUUCAUAAUAGUCGGCCCAGAUUGAAAGCUUUGGAAUUGUGGAGGGGAUUUGUUCCUUUGUUUCCCUUCAGACUUCAGAUUCAGUGUGUGUGUCUGUCUGUCAAGUGUUGGCUCUUCUUGUUCCUUGCGUUGCAGACAGUGUGUUUUCAUGGGUAUUUCAGGAAAGAGUACAUAUAAACUAUGAGAAAACAAAAACCCACUUGGGUAUCUUGAGGAAUCCUUAACCAACUGGGAUUUGAAGGCAGAACACUGGAAGUUGGAUUGCUCUUGUGACAUCUUCGUUUUUAAUCUGUUUGAAACUUCGAGUUCAUUCAUUCUUGGUUCUAAGAUACAGCAAAAAGGUGAGCAUGGAAGAUGGUGUUUCAUCACCAGCUACCAUGCUGGGAGCUCCAACUGAUUCCGCAAUGGAUUUAGACUUCAUGGAUGAAUUGUUCUUAGAUGGAUGCUGGUUGGAAACAAUAGAUGGAGCUGGAUUUCCUAAUCAGAGUCCCCUCAGUUCUGGUGCCAUUUUGGACUCCUCGUUUUUCUGGCCUACUUUGGGGACCAAUGGAAAUUUCAGCACGAACCCAUUUCAGACCAGUAAUCAAGAAGAGACACAUACACCACUGUUCAAUGAACUCCAGGAAGAAGCUCCAGCCAACAUGCAGUCUCCUAGCCAGAAUAUGACAGAUGUUGUCAGGUACUCUGGUCAAUCAGGAAAUCAUAUUAUUGAAGGUCAUGAUUUCAGUAGAGGUAUCUGGAUUGGUCCCAUAGAGAAUCAAGUUUCUGCACCGUCUGUGAUGGAGAGAUUAAAGAGGGCACUUGUGUACAUGAAAGAUGUCAUGAGAGACAAAAAUGUUCUUGUACAGGUAUGGCUGCCUGUAAAUAGAGGGGGUAGACGUGUUUUAACAACUAAUGAUCUACUUUCCUCACUUGAUUCUAGCUGUCCAAGGCUUGCCAAGUAUCACGACAUCUCUGUGAAUUAUCAGUUCUCAACUGGAGAAGAUUCUAAGGAGUUUGUCAAGGGGUUGCCUGGUCGUGUUUUUUCAGGUAAGGUUCCUGAGUGGACUCCUGAUGUUCGAUUAUUUAGAAGUGACGAGUACCCACGGGUUGAUGAUGCUCAACGGUAUGAUGUACGAGGAACUCUUGCCCUUCCGAUCUUUGAACAAGGUAGUAGAACUUGCUUGGGUGUAAUUGAGGUUGUUAUGACCACCCAGAAGAUGCAGUAUCAACCUGAGCUUGAAAGUGUUUGCAAGGCACUCGAGGCUGUUGAUCUUCAGAGUUCAAAAAAUUUGAAUACUCAUAAUUUAAAGCAGGCGAGUGACAAGCCCUACAAAGCUGCAUUACCUGAGAUCCGAGAGGUCUUGAGAUCUGCAUGUGAGACGCACAACUUGCCCUUGGCACAAACUUGGGUGUUAUGCAUCCAACAAGGCAAAGAUGGAUGCCGACAUUCUGAUGACAACUACGUUCACUGUGUUUCAACCGUGGAUGAUGCUUGCCAUGUGACUUAUCCUUAUAUCAAGGGUUUUCAUGAAGCUUGCUCUGAGCAUCACUUGUUAAAAGGCCAAGGCAUCGUUGGGAGAGCUUUUAUGACUAAUCAACCAUGCUUCUCAAAUGAUAUAACUUCCUUAGCCAAAACAGAGUAUCCUUUAUCUCACCAUGCCAGGAUGUUUGGAUUGCAUGCCGCGGUUGCAAUACGUCUACGGAGCAUCCACACUGGUUCAACUGAUUUUGUCCUGGAGUUCUUCUUGCCAGUGGAUUGCAGGGAUCCUGAACAACACAAGAAGAUGCUAACUUCACUGUCUUUCAUCAUACAAAAUAUCUGCCGGAGCUUACGGGUUGUCACAGACAAGGAAUUAAAGGAAGAAACAGAUUUGCCAGUCAGUGAAGUGAUAGUCCCUUCAGAUCCCAGGCCUAGUGGUAUUUCCUCUUUUGCAGAGGUGCAACAGACUGAUAAUGAUGUCUCAAUAUUCCCAAAGGAAAAGGCAAGGAAGAUGCCGAGUGCGAAAUCCUCAAAGUUGAGGCCACAAGACUUGAACAAAAAAGAAGGUGUUGACUGUGUUGGAGAGUUUUCUACAUUCGGUGAGGGUAGCUUCUCAAGUGUUGGUGCGAGUAAGACCGGAGAGAAAAGGCGUACCAAGGCGGAGAAAGCUAUCACCUUGGAAGUUCUUCGAAAAUAUUUUUCUGGCAGCCUGAAAGAUGCUGCAAAGAGUCUUGGAGUUUGCUCCACAACCUUGAAAAGGAUAUGCCGACAACAUGGGAUUAAACGUUGGCCAUCUCGAAAAAUCAAGAAGGUUGGUCACUCCUUAGAGAAACUCCAACGUGUAAUUGAUUCAGUCCAAGGUGCGUCCAGUGCUUUCCAAAUCAAUUCUUUCUAUACAAGCUAUCCAGAGUUAGCCUCUCCAAAUUUGUCUGGGACCAGCCCAUUUUCAACUUCAAAGCUGAUUGAUCGGCCAAGGCCAUCAGACGUGCCACCUGAAGGUGGUGUUUUGAGUCCCCAAGCUACUGCAUCAAAAUCUCCGUCGUCCUCAUGUAGUCAGUGUUCCAGUUCAAGCCAGUGCUGUUCCAGCAAGACAGAGCAGCAUCUUCCCACAUGGAGCAUCGCAGAUAAUGACGAUCCAAUUGCUGGAGAUAAUAGAGUGCUGAAGAGGGUCAGAAGUGAAGCAGAGUUGAAUGACCUUCGUCAAGGUGGAGUGGAUGAGCUAAUGCAAAGAUCCCAGAGCCAUAAAUAUCUCAGUGAGCAACAAAACUUGCAGUCUUUUCGACCUCCACUGAAAUAUGAUGGCCAGAUAGCUGAAGAAAGGGAUGCUCGAAGAGUAAAAGUCGCAUAUGGGGAUGAGAAAACUCGAUUUCGCAUUCAAAAUAACUGGAGAUAUGAAGAUUUGGGGCAAGAAAUUGCAAAGCGAUUUGGUAUAGAGGACAUGAGUAGAUUUGAUAUGAAGUACUUGGACGAUGAUUCAGAGUGGAUCUUGUUAACAUGUGAUGCAGAUUUAGAUGAGUGCCUUGAUGUAUGUCGCUCUUCACGAUGCAGUACAAUUAAGCUCUCCCUCCAGCUUUCUCGUCGUCAUUUAGAAAGGUUCUCAGGUAGCAGUGGCCCUUCAUGAUGGAUUGUAACUAGUAAAAAGCUUCAUGAGUUGCAACACGGAUGAGGUGGCAGAAUUUUGCAGUGAAUAUAAUGGAAGUGAACCUUCCGGUUGAAUGGAAUUUUCAUGUCUUCCAUGAACUGUUGGAGACAAUCAGCGUUGUUAUCUGGGACCUCCAUCAUCUGCAGUUAUUUGGUAUACUUUCUAUUAGCUAGCUAGUUAAUAGUUGUCUGUACAUUGUAGUGAAUGAACAUAAUUGUUCCUUUUGUUUUAAUUUUGAAAUAGGCCUUGUGUUUCUUUUCCCUCCAUUUCUGAUAAAUUAUAUCAAAUAUCAUAUGAUUUUGUGAUCUU